AUGAAGGAACAAUUUUCCUUUAUGAAACUGGAUGCUUAUUUUACUUUUCACCAGUUCCAAAUGCUGAGACUAUACAUCUUGCUCAGUUUGAUGUGCUGGACAAGUUCUGAUAGAAGAAAAGAAUGCCUUAAAUUCAGUGAUCUGAGUUUAGGAGAUGCCUUCAUUGAUUUGUUUAAGCCAAGACUAAAAUCAACAAUGAUAAUGUAUACAAAACAACUCACUAACUGUGGGGAACCUGUAUUUGGACAGAAUUAUACACUCAAUACUAAUUUCAACAUAACUAAGAAAACUGUCUGGAUUAUUCAUGGAUACAGACCAACAGGCUCAACCCCAAGCUGGCUUUCCACCUUUCUUGAACGUUUGCUGAAAAAAGAAGAUGUGAAUGUAAUUGUAGUAGACUGGAACUGGGGUGCUACAACUUUGAUUUAUCAAAGAGCUGUUCAAAAUACCAGAAAAGUUGCCAUAUUUUUAAAGGAACAUAUUGACAAAAUGUUGACAUUUGGAGUUUCUCUUGACUCUUUUCAUUUUAUAGGAGUGAGCCUGGGGGCUCAUAUAAGUGGGUUUGUUGGACAGAUGUUUAGUGGCCAGCUAGGAAGAAUUACAGGUCUUGAUCCAGCAGGUCCAUUUUUUUCUGGGAAACCACCACAUAAGAGAUUAGAUUAUACUGAUGCACAGUUUGUUGAUGUCAUCCAUUCUGACAGCAAUGCUCUUGGAAUCAAACAACCUUUAGGACAUAUAGAUUUUUAUCCAAAUGGAGGAAAAACUCAACCUGGCUGCCCAAAAUCAAUAUUUUCAGGAGCUUCAUUUAUUAAAUGUGAUCACCAAAGAGCUGUUUAUUUGUUCCUGACAUCCUUGGAAACAAAAUGUGAUUUAACUGGAUAUCCUUGCUAUUCACACAAAGAUUAUAGGAAUGGUAAAUGUACCACUUGUGAAGAGUUUAAACCAAAACCAUGUCCCAAACUAGGUUAUUAUGUGGACCAGUGGAAAGACAUUUUAAUUAAAAGGCAGCCUCCUGGACUGAAUGUUUAUUUUGAUACUGCUGACAAGGAGCCAUUCUGUAUGUAUCAUUAUGUUCUUGAUAUUGUUGUUUUGGAUAAUGUUACAGAGGAAGGUUAUAUGAAAGUUAAAUUAAUAGAUAUAUAUGGAAAAGUAGAAGAAUCAAAAAUCAAAAGUUACGUGGCUACAUCUCCUAUCUAUGAAGAAGUCAGUAUUCUUGCUGGAUUUUACUAUGACUUUAAAGACAUUUCAAAAAUUGUUUUGACAUAUUCUCAAAAGAAUGCAAAACCUAAGUGUUCUAAAUGCAAAUACAAGAUUCACCAUAUAAAAUUAAGAUCACUUACAAAUCCAGAAAGACCACAGCUUUGCAGGUAUGAUUUUGAACUGAAAGAAAAUGUGGAAACAACACUCAAACCAUAUUCCUGUACCCCAACAGACAUGUAG